AUGUGCUCGGUCGUCCCCGCCGGCGCGGAGCUGCGCCACGUCGAAUUGUUCGGCACCUCGCGACGGGUCGGCGCACUCGUGCGGCUCAACGCGGACCUACGGAGCGACUCCGCCGCGGCUCGGCGCUGCCCAUGGCAGCAACAGACUGCGGGGCGCCGCGAUAUCGCGGCGCCGACGAUUGUGUCGCUCAUUGUCACACCGUCGACACGGCGCCCCGUUUUUAGCAAAAAGCAGAUACCACAUCGCGUGUGGUCGUCGAAAAACCGCAUGUUCGCCCGUCUGGGACCUCUUCGUACGGCUCCAAAAACCGCUCCUUAA